AUGUGGUUUGGCAGUCUCUGCACGUUAGCACUUUCGUGCUGUAUUAUGACCGUGCGCUGUGCCCUUUAUGGCCCGUCCAGCCCCGUUAAACUCUUGGAUGCUUCGUCUUUUGACGAUGUGUUGCGUACCGACGGUGUUUCUCUGGUCCAGUUUUACAGCGAACCUUGCGCCGCUUGCACUAGCUUCGCCAAGGACUUCGAGGCUGCCGCUACUGCAACUAAGGACGUUGUUGGAGUCUAUGCAGUGAGCGAUGCGUCGCUAUCUCGGCGCUACAAUGUGCGAUCGUUUCCCACCCUCAAGGUCUUCUUAGGAAAAGGUUCUGCUGAGCAGCCGAUAGCCGAGGACUAUACCGGAGCAUUGAACGUCGCUGAUGUUGUGACCUUCACCAUGAAGCAUCUAAACAAGCAUGUGAAGGCGAAAGUACCGGCCCCAGCGCGUAGUAAGCUGAGACCUGCGGUCAAAACACCAUCGGGCCGCGUAGUGUCCUUGAACGAGAGCGAAUUCAACAGCAAGGUGUUAAAUGACAACUAUAAUCAAUGGCUGAUAAUGUUCUUCGCCCCUUGGUGUGGCCACUGCAAGGCACUGGAGCCGGAAUGGCGUCGCAUGGCUACUAUCGCAGAUCGAGUGACCGUCGGUUCCGUGGACGCCACUGUAAACACGGCGUUGGCGCAGCGCUACGGCGUCAAGGGUUACCCUACAAUCGUGCUUCUUCCGCAGGGUCCUAAGGGCCCCUCCAAGGCGAUCCCUUACAACGGCGCGCGCAAAGCUGAGGACAUCCUUGCUUUCGCCAAGCGUCACUACCGUAACAUGGGCCCCCCUGUGCAUGUGAACAGCUUCGAUGAUCUGAAACAGCGUUGCAGCGGGCCACUUUGCCUGCUUUUCUUCCUUCCCGAAGAGGGUCUGCAGGGUAACAUUGAUAUCAUUUCAAAGGUGAUGGAAAAUAACUCCACGCUGCCUUUCCAAUUCUGCUACACUUUGGCGGGCAGUCAUCCAGUGUGGGAGCGUGCGUUGGGCGUGUCGUCUUUCCCGUCCUUGCUGGGUCUAAACUUGAGCAAGAACGUGUUCUCCACGAUGCGUAAGGAGAAGUUGACCUUCGAAAACGUGAACACUUACGUAUCCGAGAUCCUGUCUGGACGGGUUAUCGCUGAACGCCUUGCCCAAUCACUGGAUAGCGAGGAUGUCGUACGAACGGAGUUGUGA